AAGUGUUGAAUGACUGCAGGGCUAACAAUUUGUGGUGCUAACAAACUCAACAAAAUUGAGACAGCGCUUUCAGACACGAUGAGGAGCUCUAUGGUGUUUUUCCUGGCUGUCAGCUUUGCCAUGUUUGAAUUUGGCGUCUCUCUGCAGUGUCACUCCUGCCCUCAAGGCUCCUCCGAAAAAUGUGAGGCCACAGAGGAGUGUAGCCAAGGUGACGACAGCUGCCUGAAACUCAGCAGUGAUGGAAAGACCUACACUUCAUGUGUGAGGCAGGCAGACUGUGACUUCAGAAUUCUGGGGGCCAGAUAUCCACUCCCUAACUUCACCUUUUCCUGCUGUCAGUCAAAUCUCUGCAAUGGUGAAAGUAAAAGUUUUUUUCAGAAAUUUAAAGAUUUUUUUGGUUAAGAAAUAUUAAGAAGAGAGAUCAAAUUCAAUGUAUUUUUAAACUGUAAUUUCAAUCUGUUGAUUAUUAUUCACAUCUCUUACAAUGUAUGCCACUGAACAUCGUUACACACUCAACAAUAAAGUCUUAUCUUAACAAAAA